AUGUUUCAUUCUAAUAAUUCUAAUAAUUUAUCAUUAUAUCAUUUAUCAUUAAUGACUUCAUCUUCUAUCAUUUGUGAAUCAUUCAAUUCAGAUAUACAAUAUUCUGAAUUGACUCCAAUUGAUUUAAAUACUACGAAUACAAUUACAACAUCAUCUAAUAUCAUAGAUCCUAUUACUACUACUACUACCACUACUAUUAUUACUCCUCCUCCUCCUCCUGCUACUACUACUACUACUACUGCUACUGUAACAAAUGAUAUAGAAAGUAGUAUAAUUCAUGAAAAUAACAAUUUACCUAUACGUUGUAAAUCAUUAGAAAUAAAAUCAACAGAAAAAUCUUUAAUAAAUUCUACUUCAAAGAAACGUCAUCGUAGUACUGUUGAAAAUCAAUGGAAUCAUUCAAAUUCAAUGAAUACUUUAACAAAUUUAAAAUAUCAUCAUAUAAAAAAUAAUUUAUGUUUAUCAUUGAAUGGAGAACAGAAACAUCAAGAAGAAUGUAUUAUAGAUGUAAAGAAACGAAAAACUGUGGAUGAUAAUACGCUUCAAGUUGGUUCAAUGAUUCCUGAACCAUCAGCAGUUUAUAAUUAUACUACUAAUAAAACAUAUGAAUAUGAUGAAUUAAUUCAUGAUUAUCCAAAAUUUAAAUCUUUUAAUCAACAAGUAAAUAUGAAUAGAACAUAUUCACAUUGGAUGAAUUCAUAUGAACAGUUUGAAAAUAAUAAAGAAGAACUGACAAAUGAACUAUCUACAAAUCGUAUACUAUCAAAACAAUCGAUUAAAAAAGGCUCCACACGUGAGAAUAUACCAAACAAAUUGACGAAUAACGGUAAUUGGAACACUUUCAAUGAUACAAUGAAUGUUAAUCAUCAUAAAGAUGAAAUAGAUAAUGAAUUAUCAUCUGCAUCGGAGCUUACAACUGCUGCGUAUAAUAAUUUUGUACGUCGUGUCGUUGAUGAUACAUUGGAUCGUACAGUGACAUUUUGUGAACAACCACGACAUGCUAUAACAGCUUUAGAAAAUAUUUGUACAAGAGCAUGGCCUCAAUUAGAAGUGAAACGUCAUCGUAAUCGAAUACGUGCCUAUCUUAAGGCAUGUAGACGUAAUUCCAAAAAGAAUAAAGGUCAAAUCAAUAUGAAAGAACCACCUGCAAAUGGUUUGUCAAUUGAAGCUCGACAGCUUGUAUCAAAAGCGUUAACUUUAGUAGCUGGAGAUUUAGACUACUUAAGACAAACGAUGCAAGCAGAGAAAGUUAAAAAUGAAUCAUUAUUUUCUUCAUCAAAAUUAGACAAUUCAAGUGAGAAAUCAUACUCUGCCGCUUCCACCACUAGGAAACGAUCUCCUACAAGUUAUUCAUCAAAAAUGAACUUAUCCACCAUAACAACAACAACAACAGCGAACAGUUUAGAUUUCACAGAUAUUUCUAAACAGAGACAUGAUCAAUUUGAAACUUAUGGCGCUGAUGAUAAGUUAAAAUUUAAUAAUAAUAAUAAUAAUAAUAAUAAUAAUAAUAAUAAUAAUAAUAAAAAUCUUUGGAAUAUAUCAAAUAAUCUAUUAAAUGAUAUAAUAAAUAAUACAUCAUUUCCAUUUACUGAUCCAUUAUUUUGGUCGAAUUCAUUUAUUCAAAAUGCCAAUUUAGAUGGGAAUUAUUUAGCCACUGCGGCAGCGGCAGCAGCGGCUGCCACAGCGAUGGCUGCUGUUAAUCCAGCUAAUUUGUUGAAAUUAUUACCAGCUCCAAUACAAUUAAACAAUAACACAUAUUCAUCUAAUCAUACUAAUAUAAAUACGACUGCUACUAGUACUUCCUAUUCUUUAACUACUUCACCUUUCACAUCAUCUUCAUCAUCAUCAGUAUUUUCAAAUUCACCUAGAUUAAUAAAUAAUGACAAUGUGAAUAAUAAUGAAAAUAUCAAUGUUACUACAAAUACUACUAAUUGUAAUAAUAGUAGUAUUGAUUUUGAUGCGAAACAUGAUCAACUAUCAAUUAUACAGGGAAAAUAUUCUAAACGAAAUAAAUUGUUAUCACAUACAACAUGGUUCGAUGAUGAUCAUUUGUUCCAGGUCAGUAAUAAUAAUAAUAAUGAUAAUGGUAACAAUGGUCACUCCUCAAGUCCUAAAUUGAAUGAGCAUAAAUUUAUAUCAUCCGAUAAAGAUUUCAAUAUAGAAUCAGAGAUAAACAGACAAUCUAAUUUAAUUAACUUUUAUCGUUUAUAUUUGUCAAACGAUCCAAGCCAUAAUAAUAAUAAUAAUAACAAUAAUAAUAAUAGUGAUUUGAAAUAUUGUUCACCACCGCCUGCACAUAUUAGUUCAAUUCAAUACAGUCCGAUAAUUAAUCAAAUAUUGGACAGAUUAACGGAUUCAUCAUUAUUAACUCAUAAUGAUGUGGAAUUUUUCAUACAAAAUUAUGAAAUUACCAAAGUUGCCAUUCAACAAGCACGUUGUAGAUCGAAUUUAAUUUUGAAGAAAAUUGAAAUUGUAGAAAAUCAAAUUAAAUCUUCUUCAAUAAUCAAUUCAAAAACAAUGCCAUUAAAUCUAUCUUGA